GUAAUUUUCCAUCCAACAAUCAAUCAAUCAAAAAAAGCUCCCAGCCCAUUAUGCCACCACUCGGAACCCACCUCCAACGCUUUGCCCAGCGUUUUAAAAAUGACCCCAUCCGUUACUUUGUAGCAAUGACACCCGUUGCAUCAGGUCUAUUGUUAGGCAUGAGCCUCUCCACAUGGCGACUCAAAAAAUACCUCGGCGAACAGGUAGACCAAGGAUAUAUUGAAGUCAGGGUUGAACCAAAGGAACUCGAGCAAGCCUUCGAAGACAUGGGUCUUCUACUCAAGAAGCAUGGUAUCGAGACCGAAUGGAUCGAGAGUCAGACACGCAAGAAUAGCCCAAGCUGCACUAUUAGAUGGAACAUAGGGGGCGUAUUGAAGGCGUUUGCCGGGAUGAAGGAGAGGGAGAAGGAAGAGAAAAGCGAGCGAGAGAAGGGUCAAGCGAAAGACGGAAUUGUCACCAUAGAUGAGGAAAACAAGAAGCGAGGAUUGGAUCCCCACAGUACUUAAACCGCACAAUGCAAUCAAAUCUGCUCAUCCACCAUUAUUCACGGUUGCCAACGCAGGAUUUAUGAGGUUUGGAAAUAUCAAAAUCAAACGCAGCCGUUUCGGGAAUAGUUUUUCUGCGGAUCUGUCAAUUUGUGUUGUAUUGAUGGGGAUAGACGGAUCUUAUUGGGGUGGUUGUGUUUUUAUUACAAGUGGAUCGAGCCAUGAAGUCACAAACAUCUGGAGAGUCUUUUGGACACCGCAGACGCGAGGAAGAUAGAUAUUGGGCAGCGGAAUCUGAAGCGCAUACUGUCAACUGGAAUUACAUAUGGAAUACCCUCCAUUCUUCUGAUAUCCGCUGAUGAUGAGAUAGGGGCAAUGUACAAGUAUCACAGUGGCACUAAACACUUGAUUUUAGAAGCAACUUCUCUUCUCGAAUCGAACAAAAUUAUUACCUAGCACAAUGGCAUCUGAGCAAUUUCCUAGUGGUGUUACCUUAUCAUAUGUCCAAUACUGAAUCAUCUGCUCACGUUCUGGAAAACGGAAUAUGGCCAGGAGUAUA